AUGUCGAAGCGCACCGUCUUCACCACCAUCACCCCGCUGCCGGCUGGCAUCACUCGAGAGAUUGCCGUCGCCUUUCUUCAGGACCACCUCCGGAUGAUCGAUUUAAAUCCUCUCGUAAUCGCCCGCCAUCCCAUAUCCUGCCCCGCGAAUGCCCCGCCCGACGAGCACCACUGCUCCUGGUACUCUCUGACGGACAGCAUCUCCUAUCUGCCGGGUGGCAAGGUUACCGGCCAGGUUUCCUAUACUGCCGCCUUCAACAAUGUGUCUCGAGGUGUCCAGACCCAUGUGUACGCUCCCAUGGGCCUGAAUAUCCGCGAGACCUGGACUGUUGGCGGCACCCUCCCCGGAGAGCCCAGCGAGCCCGUCGAGCUCGGCCUUGGCGCCCCGCAGACUGGGCUGUAUGUACGCGAGGACGUCGACAUGCGCUGCAACGUCCUCAUGGCCUCUUUCGUGAAGAAGACGCUCAAGAAGGCCCACUCCUCACUCGUUGAGGCCGUCAAGGUUGAGGCGCAGCGCACCGCCGAUACUAUCGCCGCUGCCGCUGCCUCACCCUCUGUAGCACAUCCUAGGGGUGUUGCGAACCCCUCUCCCGGUCAUUCCUGGUCUGGUUCCGCCCCGCCGGCGUGCAGCGGAAACCCCCUCCUUACGAGCCGCGUCGUUAGCAAGUACCCCCGUGCCAAGGAACAAGACUACUCCGACAUCGCCGCCGCAAAUCCCUUUGAUGACUCGGAUGACAGCUCUUCCUGGGACUCCCCCAUCCUCGGGCACGCGAAUACGGGACACUUUCCCCCCACCAACCGGUACUCCGCGUUCGAGCCAGAGGCCAAAUCGUCAGGGUCCUCCUACCUAAGAAGGUACCCUGCCCAGGAACCGGAGCUCGACUUGUUGGGGGCUCAGCGCCCUAGGGAUCCUUCCUACUACGCGCCCCAGGUCUGCCAUGGACCUCCCCAAGGCCAAGGCCUACUCGCCUUAUGUGCCUCCGUCCUCCACUGGCUCGUCGCCCGCGCCGCCCGCUCUCAAUCAUCAUCCCGCCCUCACAAAGUCAGCAGCGACUACCCUUCGAGACCGUCGGCGCCACCCUGA